CAAAUGACUGCAACGCUCCACACGUUCCGUGCGCAACGAUCGAUUUUUUGUUGUCGACGCUUUUUAGGUGUUUGUGUGCCUAAAAACCUGCUGCAUAUUUGUCAAAAAUACAAGGCAUUGCCAUAUCAACGAACAGCAGAGCGCAAGCUGGAGAGCGGUUAAAAAAGAGUGAGAGAACGUGCGAGCGUCGAAGAGAGAGACGCGUUUAAAAAGAGAGAACAAAAGUGAGAGCGACCGUUAGCUGUUGUUGUGCUCUAUUGCUUUUUGGAUGUGUUGCUCGUGUUGUUGUUGUUGUUUGCUGUGCUGAUUGUGGGGUAUGUGCGAGCGCCUGGAAAUAAGCCUGCCAAUGUCUGACGAUGAUGGCAGCCAAUAUGGCGGCAGUGGAAGUGGCUCACUGCGUAUACGUAAUGUGCUCACGCUAGAGGAGCGUGUGGAGGCCAUCAGGCAAUACGAUAUUGUGCCCAUGUACAGCAAAAUUGCGAAGAAUUUCAACUGCAGCUGGGAGCAGAUCAAGAGCAUUGUGUCCAAUCGCGAACCCAUUUUAGAGUUCUACGAGGCAACACGGCACAACAGCAAGCAACCAAAUUCCAAAUUCGAGGAGCUGCGACGCCGCAAACUUAACUUUCUGGGUCAUUGCUUGUACGAAUAUAUACAGCGUGCGCAGUAUUAUUUGCAUUCCGAUAUCAAUGAGGAGCUGAUACGCACCAAGGCGCUGGAGUUUCAAUCCCUCAUGGGCAUUGACAACUUUACGCCCAACAAGUCGUGGAUCAAUCACUUCAAAGCUGCCUACAACAUAACGCUGUCGAAUCGCCAGAUUAUGAUGACACGCAAGCCGCCACGUUCGCUGGAUCUGCGUGACAUAAUGUCCUACUGUGGUCGCAACACAUCCGCCACAUCGGAGGCAAGUUCACAGGCAGCGAGGCAACAGCAACCGCAGCAGACAGCUGCCACAAGACCAACAGCGGCAACAAGUCCGAGUGCCGGGCUAGUCAAGCCAGCGAAUGCGACGACACGGGCAACGACGCUGUUGUCGCCACGCAAACCCGUCGAUAUACGCUCUUUGUAUCGCACCAAGACGCUGGUGGCUGCCUCCAGUCAGAAUCAGGCCACAUUGGAUGAGGUGCAACUGCGACGCAAGCGGAAGAUUACGUUCUUGGAGAAGGCGCUGUACGAAUACAUUUCACGCUCGCAAUUCCAUCACAAGAACAAGGGACGACUCGAUGUGGAUCAUUUGCGUGAGGUGGCCAUCAAUUUGCGUGACAUACUCAAGAUCGAGAACUUCUUUCCGGAUCGCACCUGGUUCAAUCAUUUCAAGAGUCACUACAACUUUAGCUUCUCCCAGGGCGUCCCUUUAACCGGACGUCGUGUGCCGUUGUCCUUGGAUCUGCGUGACAUUGUCAGCUACUGUGGACGACACGAGCAGCGAGAGCAACCCUUGGGCAGCAUUACGCUGACGCCCAAGGAGACGGAACCAGCGCGUUUUGUGCAUCUGCCCAUGGUGGAGUCGAAGUCAGAGACAGAAGCUGUCUCUGUUGUCGAUGAUGAUGAUGAUUGCGUUGCCAUUGAAGUGCCCACAGAACUCAUAGAGAUUAAAGACGAGGAUGACGAAGAGGAGGAGGAGACGAUAGCGGAGUCAACUGAAGUACAUAAGCACAGAGAACGCAAACGUGAGUUGACCACAACAGAACCGCCCGCAUCGCCACUCAAGAUCAAAAAGAUUGAAUCACUCAAUGCGAGAGCACAACAGAGAGAACAGAGUCCGGGACACUUUUCGGAGACCAGCAACGAUGCAGAGUUGCCGCGAUAUGUGCAGAGCUAUGCGGAUGCACUUCGUCUGCUGAAGCCAAUCGAGGAUUUCGCUUUGCUUGAGGAGAAUUAUCGUGCCAUCGGGUUGCUCACACAGCUGGAGAAGAUCUUUGAAAGCAGCGCCAGGUCAGCGGAGAAUGGCAAUGCAGCCAACUAAUGCGAGAGCAGAGAACAAAGCUAACAAUAUACGCCAAAAAUUAAUUCAGCUAUUGGUCAGCAGCUUAGUCUGGACUGGAUCGAUAAGCACAAACAGUGUACAUAUAGCAUCAAUAUGUUUUUAAGCGGUUACAACGAAGUUGCGAGAAUUGCUCGAUGUAAAUCUGGCAUGAAGCAAACAUAUCCUUUAAUUAGAUAGAUGUUGUUAUAAACUUGGAGAGGACUAACUGAAUAUAACUAUAGAAUAUAAAUGUGAAUAAAA